CUUCACAUUUCAUUGUCUCGACUUCAAAAUCUUUUAGCAUUAAUAAUUUGUAUUUCUAAUGAUUUAAUCUUUCCUAUCGACCAAAUACCUCAGUACUAUCAGGAACUUGAUCAUCGACAUACUGGAGCUCACAGGCUUGUAACAAAAAUGGCAGAAGAGUUGAAUGAAGAACAAAUUGCAGCACCAGAGGAAAACUCUGAACCCAGGCCUCUCGUCACAUCUCUAUUGGAAGCCGAAUUCAAGGAGGCUUUCUCCCUUUUCGACAAGGAUGGUGAUGGCACCAUUACCACCAAAGAGUUGGGCACAGUUAUGAGGUCUCUUGGACAGAACCCUACUGAAGUUGAGCUACAGGACAUGAUCAAUGAAGUUGAUGCAGACGAUAAUGGAACAAUAGACUUUCCCGAGUUUCUCGCCAUGAUGGCCAAGAAAAUGAAGGACACAGACAGUGAAGAGGAAAUCCGUGAAGCCUUCCGUGUAUUCGAUAAAGAUGGCAAUGGUUUUAUCAGCGCUGCUGAACUCCGACACGUCAUGACCAAUCUUGGAGAGAAGCUCACCGAUGAGGAAGUCGAUGAGAUGAUCCGAGAAGCUGACAUUGAUGGUGAUGGACAAGUCAAUUAUGAUGGUAUUUUCUUGGUAUUUGCUUAA